CUUCUGUGGGAUCUGGAAGCUCUCUCUCUGUCUCUCAUUUCCUUUCUCUCCCGCUUAACGCUUCUCUGCUUAUUUCUUCUUCCUCUGGUUUUUUCAAACGUCUUUUUUUUUUUUUCUCUUUUUCCUGCCUUUUGUUGAUCACGGACGCUUUUCUUUGGUUUGUCUUCUAAUUCUAAUCACACACUCUCUUUUGUUAAUCGUUGUUCCUUUCGUUAAUAUUCGAAGAAUCUGUUUUUUUCUUUCUUUUUGUUAUUUAUCUCUUUGUUGUUGCUGAUUCUUGUUUUCAGUUCUUCAUAUCUGUGUAUACGAGUGAUGAUUUGAUUGUCUUUCAAGUUGGUUCGUCCCAGUUUAGGGUUUGUUUGUGUCGAAUUCUUUAAUCAAUAUUCGUUUAUAUUUUUUCCUUCGGACGGUUUAGUUAAUCAUAAAUUCGAAAUCAGGCUUUAAGCUUGAUAAGAUUCUUGCUAAGUCUCGAGAAUUUUGAUGAAUUAGUAGGAAGCUCAUGGGAGUUUUUAGAAUUUAGCUGCUAAAUUUGAUCAAGACUGUACGUUUCACUGUUUGGUGACAGAAAGAUUAGCUUUUUUCUAUCAUUGUUUAGUUUGUCUUUAUUUUGUAUAUUGAUUGAUCAUUGGUAUUUAUGUCCUGUGAUAUAUCAUGUAGAUGGAGGUGCAAAGCCUGUUAAAUUUUGAUUUGGAUCCUGGUCCUGUUGAUCAAUCUAUAUUGGUGUGGCAACAUGAGCAUAGAUCAGCUGCGAUAUGGGAAGAUGAGGUUCCUCCCCGUGAACUGACAUGCCGGCACAAAUUAUUGGGCAUGCGAGAUUGGCCUCUGGAACCUCUUGUGUGUCAAAAGCUGAUCGAGUUUGGUCUGUAUGGAGUGUACAAGGUUGCGUUUAUACAGCUUGAUUAUGCUCUAAUAACAGCUCUGGUGGAGAGAUGGAGACCUGAAACGCAUACUUUCCAUCUUCCUGCUGGAGAAAUCACAGUGACAUUACAAGAUGUGAACAUAUUGUUGGGUCUCCGUGUGGAUGGACCUGCGGUAACUGGUAGCACAAAAAACAAUUGGGCUGAUUUAUGUGAGGACCUGCUAGGUCUUAGACCAGGUGCCAAGGAUCUACAUGGCUCUCAUGUGUCACUAGCAUGGCUACGUGAUAACUUUCGGAAUCUACCUGCUGACCCUGAUGAAGAAACGUUGAAGUGUCACACUAGAGCUUUUGUGUUAGCUCUGAUGAGUGGGUUUCUUUACGGGGAUAAGUCUAAACAUGAUGUGGCUUUGACGUUUCUCCCUCUGCUAAGGGAUUUUGAUGAAGUGGCUCAACUUAGCUGGGGUAGUGCUACUCUAGCACUUCUUUACAGAGAGUUGUGUCGAGCAAGUAAAAGAACUGUUUCUACGAUAUGUGGCCCUCUUGUUCUGCUUCAGUUAUGGGCAUGGGAACGACUACAUGUUGGCCGUCCAGGAAGACUUAAAGAUGUUGGUGCUUCGUAUAUGGAAGGCAUAGACGGUGCUUUACCAGAUCCAUUAGGCUGUAGGUGGAGGGCUUCUCUGAGUCAUAAAGAGAAUCCUCGCGGAGGACUGGAUUUUUACAGGGACCAGUUUGACCAGCAAAAAGAUGAGCAGGUAAUAUGGCAGCCAUACACUCAUGAUCUUCUAGCAAAGCUUCCUCUUAUAUGUCUUAGUGGUCAGAACAUAUGGCGAACAGUCGCACCCUUAAUUUGUUUCGAUGUUGUUGAGUGGCAUCGUCCUGAUCGGGUACUGAGGCAGUUUGGUCUUCACCAAACAAUUCCAGCACCUUGUGAUAAUGAAAAAGCUCUUCAUUCUAUUGACAAAAGAGGGAAGUCAGAGUAUGACUGGUCAGCACGUCAUAGUCGACAUAUUGAAAUGUGGGAGGCACGCCAGUCAUCUGUUGUUUUCGGCGAGCCAGAAUGUGGCCCAAUGGACUAUAAUGAUCCUUAUAUGGAGUGGUACCGUAGAAUUACUAGAAGGAUUAUUAGUCCUAUGAACGAGAGACGUCCUGGGCAGUUUCUACCCACUGGUUUUGCUUUCCAAGUGCUUGUUCAGAGAGUUGCAGCCAUUCAUGCUCUUUCUAAGGCUGCGCUUGAAGAGGAACUUACUGUUGACACCGCGAGGCAAACAUUACAAAAUAUCGUUGAUAUGUGUGCAGGCGCCCUUCAACUCAAUGCGCCUUUAGGCUCAUUGUCUAAUGGCUCUGUUGCUCAAGCUCCAACUCCAGGACCAUUUCUGAUGUUACCUCAACCUACGCCUACAAUAAUAUCGCAAAAGCCAUUACCUUUGAAUGAAAUGGGAAUAGAUGAUGGUCUCUCGGCAGAACCUCUUGAAGUGACGCAACCUGUUCAGGAUAUAGGAUGUGAGCAGUCUUUACCAUCAGUUUCCCAGAAACCUCUUUUCUGGCCUUCGGGAGGGAAGCUUACUUUCAGCUGGAUUUGCGAUGUUAUGUUGGGGUUUGAUUGGUCUUCGAGAAAUCUCCCACCUUGUGAAUUUUCAAGUGUUCUGCCUUUUAACGUCUUGGAUGAGCUGGUCCUCUCUGCUUCCAAAAUCCUGAAAAAAGAGCCAAACUGCGUUAGGAUAGAGAGUGACAAAGCAAAGGUCGUUGUGGUCGGUGAUCUACAUGGGCAGCUACAUGAUUUGAUGUUCCUUAUGCAGGAUGCAGGGUUCCCAAAUGGUGAUCAGUUCUAUGUGUUCAAUGGGAACUAUGUAGACAACGGAGCUUGGGGUUUGGAAACUUUCUUACUUCUUUUAUCAUGGAAGGUGUUUCUACCAGAUAGAGUGUAUCUUCUACGAGGCAGUCACGAGAGUGAAAGUUGUACAUCACUGUAUGGAUUUAAAAAUGAAGUAUUAACCAAGUAUGGAGAUAAAGGAGCAGUUGUUUACAAAAAGUGCUUGGAAUGCUUCCAGUUACUCCCUUUGGCUUCUGUGAUUGGUGGGAAGGUGUUUACAGCUCAUGGAGGUCUUUUUCGUGAUGUGUCAAGGUUUCUUUCAGACAAACAAGAACGAAGCAGAAAACGCAAGCGAAAUCAGAAAAAGCAAGCGGAUGCUAGUGUUCUUGAGUCUGAAAAUAGUUCUGAGUCUUUGCCACUUGGCUCGUUGAAGGAUUUAUCUAAAGUGAAAAGGCGUGUUAUUGAUCCUCCUGCUGAAGGUUCAAACUUGAUUCCUGGUGACAUUCUGUGGUCAGAUCCAUCUAAGGACACGGGGCUCUUUCUUAACAAAGAGAAUGGCAUUGGUUUGUUAUGGGGUCCUGAUUGUACCGCCAAGUUCCUGCAAGAAAAUGAUCUAAAGUUGAUCAUCAGAGGGAAGGAAGCUCCUGACAAAAGGGCAAAACGAGAUGGUCUUCCAUCAAUGAAUGAAGGGUAUGCAAAAGAUCAUGAAGGGCUUAUAACUUUGUUCAGUGCUCCUGAUCAUCCUCAGUUUCAGGAAACAGAGGAGAGACACAACAACAAAGGAGCCUACUUAAUUCUGCAAAUCCCAGAAUAUGAGGAGCCUGAAAUUCAUGUGUUUGAAGCAGUAUCUCCGAGGCCAAAGGCUGAGGCGUAUUAUGACUACAGAGGCCUGAUUCAUUCAACCGGAAAUGUAGUGCCUAAUAAUACAAAUUCUGUUUAUUCACCAUCAUUAGCGCCUAAUGACGAAGAUAGUUUAAUAUCUUCUGAGAAUUUCGAACAUAAGUCCAUGGAUCUCUCUGAACAGAUGGAAGUUGAUGGAAAAGAUGAUGUUGAUUCCAAGUGCUCAGACUCUAGAACUGAUGACGAUGCAGCUUUAUCAACUCUAGCGUCAGGUGAUAAAGAUAUGGUUGAUUCUUCGGAGAAGACUGAAAAUGGUUCCAAAGAAGCUGACCAUUCUGAAACUGCAGAGAUUAGUAAAGAUUUAUCGGAUACGGUUGGAAAACCAGAAUCUUGCAGCAGAACAGAAAGUAUGUUUGAAGCUACGGAAACUGCUGAAAAUCUUGAAUCUAGAGCUCCUAAAGCUAUUGAUCUGGAACCGCCACUAACUACUGAUCUAGAACCGCCACUAACUAUUGAUCUGCAAGUGCUUGAUUCUGGAAAGUCCAUAGAAUCUAGGACAGAGAAACCCACAGACAGUGAAUCAAUGGCAGCUGAUGAAAUUGCUGGUGAAUCUGAACCUAGAAUUGGAGGAGAAAAUGAUGUAGAAGUCUCCAACUCUACUAAGAUGUCGGAAGAGAAAGCAGAAAAUGGAAGAAAGAGCGACUCUCUUGAGGCCUCAGAUAAUGUAAAUGAAGAAGAGGCUCGUGAUGCCAAACCAAGAGUAGAUGACUGCAGCACCACUGGUGAUGCAGGAGUGGAAUUAGAGAUCACAUAUGAUGAGAAACCGGAAAGUGCAGUAACUGAAAUCACAGGGCACGAUAUAGCUGAAUGUACGACUGACACAAACAGAGAUAUAGCCACCGAUGGUGCUGAGAAGUCGGAACUUGCAACCACCAAACUCAGUUAUUCAGAGCCCAUUGAAGAUAUGGUUGAUUUUGAUAUGGAAAACAUAGCCACCGAUGAUGUUGAUGCUGAUCCGGGGACUGUAAAUGGUGGGCUCAACGCAGACUGUACCAUUUUAUCCAAAUGUACAACCAGCGAGCCAGGUGGGUCUGAGCUAUUCGUGGCUCAUGACAAGCUUACAGAUACUAGGAAACCUUCUUGUGAUAAGGAUCAUGGAGAGUCUGCAGAUAAGCCACAGAGAGUAAUCAAACUGGUUACCUAUUCUAAGCGUAAGCCAUCUGACAAGAAACACAUGGUUGAUUCUAGUGAAGAACCACAAAAGAAGAUCAAUGAGGCUGUUGAUUCUAACACCAAUGGGGCUCUUGACAAGUCACACUCAGUUCCAAAUGAUAUGGACUCCUGAAAGUCUUGUUCCGCUGGUCUUCUUUCCAACCGAGGUGCUGAACACCUAGAAAAAUCUCUUUGGAUGUGUUCUCAAAGCCAGUGUACAGUGGCCACAUAAUAGCCUAGCUGGUCAUCCAUCUGAACCGGAUCCGGUUUUGCUAAUUGAAGUUUAGAAUGUUAGAGAGUUUGAUUAGUCGGUAGGGUAAUGGUGUAAAACCUGGUUAUCUUUUUUUCUUGAACUUAGUUUUCUCAGUUUUCUCAAUUACAGUUUCUCUGUACUUACAGAUCAUAAUUAGGAGAUAGAUUUUUGUAUUUUUUCUCAAUUUAAGAAAUAAAUCAUCUUUCAUCA